AUGGAAGUAAAAGAAAUUGAUACUCCUGAACGCGUCAACAACGAUGCCAUAAAUAAACUUAUGGAUUAUACAAUAGAAAGUGGAUUUGUUUCAUUUCUUCGGUUGGUGCAGGCAUCAUCAUCAGUAAAUUUCAUUUCUCCUGCUAUCAAAUCCAUUGAUAAUCUUAUCAUCGAGACUUAUGAACAAACACAAGCUAUUCUGGGUGCUGGUUUGUCAACGUAUAUUCCUGCAUUGUUAAACAAUGAAAAGUCUACAGUGUUUAGAGAAGUCCGUCAGGUGGUGAGUAACAUUACGGCGGAAAGCGUAGAUCAAAUUUAUAUAGUUAUGUCACAACAUCGUCUCAUUCAUCUUGGAGAUCUUUUGCAAGGGUGA